AUGAAAGAGUCCACAAAGACAGGAAAAAGUGUUCAUGAUUUGUGUGAUGGACGCCCCAUGUUUAGGCUUCAGGUGAGACUGAGACUGCUGCCACGGGCCCCAUGUUUGUUUGACGAGACCGUUAAGCAUAUGAGAGACUUUAUCUGCCAGCGUCUAACUGCGGCUGCUGAAGAAAUAUUCACAGAGUUUGAAAAAACCGUCGUCCAUUACGAGGAAGAGAUCGAUCGUCAGCGCCGGCUGUUGGAAAUCACAUUGAGCCCCCGAGAGCAGCUGCACAGAAUAGAUCUGAAGUUUGAGAAAAUAAUUUACGACAUUCACAAGAAAAAGGUCGCUCAGCGAAUAUUUUUGCAAGGCUUCUGGCCGCAGGGAUCUCAGGAGACCCAUUGGUUCCACUCCCACGUAGCUCCCCCAGAUGCAGGGGUCCCUGUCCAGGUGGAUCUCUCCUCCGCCAUCUGCCUGGUAGGAGGCGGAGGAGCUGAACACCACUCCUCUCUCAUCCGUGGAUCUGGCUCUCAGGGUGACCACCUGUCUCGGCCCCAAUCCGGCCACCAUCACCUGAACGGGCUCGUCAAACAAACAUGGGGCCCGUGGCAGCAGUCUCAGUCUCACCUGAAGCCUCUAAGAAUUUACAAACUCUAA